AUGAAUGGUUACAAUGUUAAACACGACGUUUAUAAGUACAAUGAUCUCAGUGAUGACGGGUCAACGAAUGACAUCAUCACAAAAGAUAAAACCGGAAGUGGGGACGUUGACAUGGAUUGGGACAUAAUACAACGAGACAAGGACCAAUUGAUUAAGGUAAAUAAUGACAAAAAUGACGUCAUAACUGAUGAAGAAAUGAAUGACAGAAUAGAUGAAGACAGUAUUCAAGCAGCAGAGGAAUCGCCGUCAAUUCCGAUUCUGAACCUUCAAGUUAUGGCGAUUGUUGACGCUCAGCUGUUCCGGAAGUUCCUCAAAAGAAACCAGAGAGACGUACGUCAGACCCAUAAUGCCAUCAUCAUGUACUUCAGUUCAGUGUUUGCUAUGGUGAACGAAAGAUUCCAAACCAUGACAAAGUUUGGGCUAGACAUCAAAAUAAAGUUAGCAGCCAUUGUCAUAGAAGAGCGAGAGCAAAAUGUCCCUUGGUUGAGAGGACACAUUCGACGCCCCUCCUAUACCAGAGAGGCCAUGAUAGAUGUGGAAUCAGUGUUGCGUGACUUAACAAAAUGGCUGCAAAAUAGUAGCUUACCAAACUACGAUCAUGCAGUGGCUUUUACUGGAUAUGCUCUGGUAAAAAACUCGAAGAAAAUCGACGGUUUGGCGUACAUGAACAAGAUCUGUGACAGACAAGGUCACUCCUCAUCCAUUGUGGGAGAAAAUGGAGAUUUCAUGAGUGUGGGGGUGGUGGCUCAUGAAAUAGCACACAGUCUCGGUGCUGUUCAUGAUGGUCAAAGUCGCGACAGCGGGAAUUGCUCUGCAGACGAUAACUACAUCAUGGCGCCUCAACAUCAAAUGAACCCAGAGAAAGUUCAAAAUCUUUUCUCUUUCUCGCAUUGUUCAAGUAAUAAAAUUCUUCAGCUUAUCAGGUCACAUCAACCCCAGUGUCUGUAUGCUGACAAUCAUGGAUUUCCGUAUCCCUACGACCUUGACAAACGACCCCCAGGUCAGAAAUUCAGUCGCGAAACGCAGUGUAAACUGGUAUUCGGUGAAAAUUCUACACUUUGCUUUUAUAUUACUCCGUCUCGAUCUGCUGACGACAAAUUCUGUGGAAACGUUUGGUGUCAGAAUCCAAGCAAUCCUAAAAUGUGUCAAACCAAAGCGAGGCUAGUGACCUUACCGGGAACCACAUGUGGGGACAAUAAGAUUUGCAGAUUGGGAAAGUGCGUUCCAAAAAAGGUCAACAGAGAAUCUGAGUUGUGUGGAGGUGUGACGGAGGAUGGAGUAUACUGUCACACGCUGCUUCAGAGACAGGGAAAACAAGCGUGCCAGUUCGCGGCAGUAAGGAACGUGUGUUGUAAGGCGUGUCUCGGGGCUACAGGACAGGGGAGUCUGGACACUGUCAGUAAAUAAACCACAGGGGUAGGGACAGGGGAGUCUGGACACUGUCAGUAAAUAAACCACAGGGGUUGGGACAGGGGA